AUGUCGCAUCACAUAUUGGUGGGUCCACAGGCCUUAUCACAGUUUAGAGUGGAUAAUCUAGUGAAAAGUAUCAACGAGUACUCUAACAGUACUUCUAUCAUCAAAGCUGUCAGGUCUUGCUACGUUCAUUAUGUGGAUGCUAAAGAACCAGCACUUUCACCAAAGGAUAAAGAAUUAUUAGAGGCACUUCUCACCUACGAUUCUCCAUUGAACACCAAAGAUGAUCAUCUUUCUAGACUUUUAGUAGAUGCUGUGGUGAACAAUGUGGAUGACCCAGUUCUUGAAGAAGACACCUAUUUGGUAAGAAUUACACCACGUUCAGGUACUAUUUCCCCAUGGUCCUCCAAGGCUACCAAUAUCAUAGAAGUUUGUGGGUUGGAUAGUAAGAUUAACCGUGUCGAAAGAGGGUUAGCACUAGUAAUCAAGGUUAUUCCAGGAUUCCCCCAAUUAGAGAACCUAAAUGAAGUUUCAUUAAAGACUGUUUUCGAUAGAAUGACUCAAGAGAUGCAUCUACACUCUGCUCCAUCUACUAAAGAGCUAUUUGCUCAUCACCAACCCAAGGAACUGGUUCAUGUACCUCUGGUUUCUAAUGCGGCUAAAGUACCACCCGAAACUACUUUAGCUAGUGCUAAUAAAGAAUUUGGUUUGGCUUUAGAUAAAGGUGAAAUGGACUAUUUGAUCAAAGCUUUUGCAGAAACUUUGGGAAGAGAUCCAACCGAUGUUGAGUUGUUCAUGUUUGCUCAAGUCAAUUCUGAACACUGUCGACACAAGAUAUUUAACGCUGACUGGACAAUUGAUGGGUUGAAAAAGGAAUUUACACUUUUCCAAAUGAUCAAAAAUUCAUUUAAAAAGACCCCUGAUUUCACCAUCAGCGCCUACUCUGAUAAUGCUGCUGUUAUCGAUACUGGUCACGCAGCUUACUACUUUACACCAAAUCCUGAGAGUAAGUUGUGGACCGCUACGGAGGAAAAUGUCCCUAUGUUAGUUAAAGUGGAAACUCAUAACCACCCAACUGCUGUGUCACCUUACCCUGGUGCUGCCACCGGUUCUGGUGGUGAAAUUAGAGAUGAAGGUGCCACCGGUAGAGGCUCUAAGUCUAAAUGUGGUUUGAGCGGAUUUUCUGUAAGUGAUCUGAACAUCCCAGGUCACAAGCAACCAUGGGAAAUUAAUAUCGGUAAACCUCAUCACAUUGCAUCCUCCUUCGAUAUCAUGAUUGAAGCCCCACUGGGAUCUGCCGCAUUUAACAACGAAUUCGGUAGACCUUGUAUCAAUGGUUAUUUCAGAACUCUAACCACCAAGGUGAAAAAUGCAAAGGGUAACGAAGAAGUCAGAGGAUUCCAUAAACCAAUCAUGGUCGCUGGUGGACUUGGUACCGUCAGACCACAAUUUGCCCUAAAGAACAAGCCAAUUACUGCAGGUUCCCACUUGAUCGUCUUAGGUGGUCAAUCCAUGUUGAUUGGUCUUGGUGGUGGUGCUGCUUCUUCUAUUUCUUCAGGUGAAGGUUCCGCUCAUUUGGAUUUUGCAUCUGUGCAAAGAGGUAACCCAGAAAUGGAACGUCGUUGUCAACAAGUGAUUGACACAUGCGUUGCCUUGAACACUAAGAAUCCAAUCCAAUCAAUCCAUGAUGUGGGUGCCGGUGGUUUGUCUAAUGCCUUGCCAGAAUUGGUUCACGAUAACGAUCUAGGUGCCAAGUUCGACUUGAGAAAAGUUUUAUCACUAGAACCCGGUAUGUCACCAAUGGAAAUCUGGUGUAACGAAUCUCAAGAACGUUACGUUCUAGGUGUCUCCUCUGGUGAUCUACCAGUAUUUGAAGAGAUCUGCCGCAGAGAAAGAGCACCUUACGCAGUUGUCGGACAGGCUACUGCUGAACAAAGGCUUAUUGUGGAGGACCCUCUGCUAAAGGACACUCCUAUCGAUUUGGAAAUGCCAAUUCUAUUCGGUAAGCCACCAAAAAUGUCUCAACAAACCACAACUCAGAACUUAAAAUUGAAUUCUCCAGACUUGAGUGUUAUCCCUUCUGUUAAGGAUGCUCUUGAAAGGGUUUUACAUCUGCCAGCAGUCGGUUCUAAAUCAUUUUUGAUUACUAUUGGUGACAGAACUGUUACUGGUCUUGUCGACAGAGAUCAAUUUGUUGGUCCAUGGCAAGUUCCUGUGGCAGAUGUUGGUGUCACCGGUACAUCCUUCGGUCCAAAGAUAGUGACCUCUGGUGAAGCAUUGGCAAUGGGUGAAAGACCAACUAAUGCACUAAUCUCUGCCGCUGCCUCCGCAAAACUUUCCGUGGCAGAAUCAUUGCUAAACUUGUUUGCCAGUGACGUUAAAUCGUUGAAGCAUGUUAAAUUAUCUGCCAACUGGAUGUCACCAGCUUCUCACCCUGGUGAAGGUGCCAAGCUAUACGAAGCUGUGCAAGCUCUUGGGUUAGACUUAUGUCCUGGCAUUGGUGUAUCUAUCCCUGUGGGUAAGGAUUCGAUGUCGAUGAAAAUGAAAUGGGAGGACAAGGAAGUUACUGCUCCAUUAUCCCUAGACAUCACUGCUUUUGCUCCGGUUAACGACACUAACAAGACUUGGACUCCAGUUCUCAAUAAGAAUGUUCCUAACACUGUGCUGGUUCUUGUUGAUUUGGCUGCCACUGUAUCUGAGAAAUCUCUAGGUGGUUCUUCUCUACUACAGGUGUACAACCAGGUUGGUGACACUUCUCCAACAGUACAUGAUAACGCCACUCUAAAGGGUUUCUUAGAGGCACUUCUCGAAUUACAUACCACCGAUCUUGUCCAUGCCUACCACGAUAGAUCCGAUGGUGGUCUAAUUGUCACUUUGUUAGAAAUGGCAUUUGCAUCUCGCUGUGGUUUGACGGUUUCUGUGGAUGAUACUGAGGAACCAAGCCCAUUGUUGCCUUUGUUCAACGAAGAAUUAGGUGCAGUAUUCCAAGUUUCUGAAUCUAAAUUACUCGAUUUCAAGUUGAUUCUAUCAAGACAUGGUAUUUCAGCUAGACAUGUUAGUACCGUGGCUAGACCAGAAUUCGACUCUCAAUUGAUCAAGAUUGAAGAUUCUCAAGGUAAGCUGUUAUACGAAAACACUCGUGGUGAAGUUCAACAGAUGUGGGCUUCCACAUCCUUCCACAUGCAGAGUUUGAGAGACAAUCCAAAGACCGCUGAAGAAGAAUUCACUGCUAUCAAAGAUGAUAGAGAUCCAGGGUUACACUAUACAUUGACCUUUGACCCUCUGGAUGACUUAGGUUUGGGCAACAAAUUGACUCAACCAGGACCUCGUGUUGCCAUUCUCAGAGAACAAGGUGUGAAUGGCCAAAUGGAAAUGGCAUGGUGUUUCGAACAAGCAGGAUUCAGUGCUGUUGAUGUUACCAUGACUGAUAUCCUAGAAGGUCGUGCCAAUUUGGAUGAUUUCAUCGGUUUAGCAGCAUGCGGUGGGUUUUCCUAUGGUGACGUUCUUGGUGCAGGUGCGGGUUGGGCAAAAUCUGUGUUAUACAACGAACAUGCCCGCAAACAAUUUGUGAGAUUUUUCCAAGAGAGACAAGAUACUUUUGCUUUAGGUGUCUGUAAUGGUUGUCAAUUCUUAAGUCACUUGAAGGAAAUCAUUCCUGGUUGUGAAGACUGGCCAAUUUUCGAACGUAAUUUGAGUGAACAAUUUGAAGCAAGAGUUAGCAUGCUUCAGUUGAUUAACCAAGAGGAUCAAUCCGGUAGUAGCACAUUCCUCAAGGGAAUGGGAGGUUCUCAUUUACCAAUCGCAGUUGCACACGGUGAAGGACGUGCAGUGUUCCAAGACAAAGAGCAACUGCAAAGGUUUGAAUCAAGCCGUUUAUGUUGCAUGAGAUACGUGGAUAACAGAGGUAACGUUACUGAAAAAUACCCAUUUAAUCCAAACGGAUCUGUUGGUGGUAUCGCAGGUAUUAAGUCUCCAAACGGUAGAGUUUUGGCAAUGAUGCCACAUCCUGAAAGAGUUUGCAGAUUAGCGGCAAAUUCUUGGUAUCCAGAAGAAAAAUUCAGUGAAUGGCAAGGAUACGGACCCUGGAUCCGUAUGUUCAAAUCUGUUCGUGAAUAUGUACGUUAG